AUGGGCCCGAUUAAGAACGUAGCAGUUUUCGGCGCGUCUGGAAGAGUUGGUAAGGUCGUCGUUUCCGCUCUGAGAUCGGCAGGGUUCAGCGUGACUGCCAUUGCGAGACCGGGUUCAGAUGCAGCCUAUCCCUCGGACCUGGUAGUCAAGCGUGCUCCCUACGAUGACUUCGAUUCUCUAGUGGCUAUACUUCGUGGACAUCACGCUAUUGUGGAAGCCUUCAACCCCGCCGCGGCUGACCAGCAGACCACGAUUGUGAAAGCCGCAUUGGCUGCUGGAGUUUCGCAUUUGAUCACUCCAGACUUUAGUACUGACACUUUCAACCCUCACGCAUCUGAGAUCAUGAUCUUUGAGCCAAAACUCAAAGCCCAGAAGGAACUGGAGCGGUUGACUUCAUCACCCGAUUGCCCCUUGUCAUGGACCGCCAUUAUCACGAAUGGGUGGUAUGACUGGGCCAUAGAUGUUGGUGUGUUCUGGAUCAACAAAGCGGAUCGAACCAUCACACGUUUUGGUUCCGGGGACCAAAAGUAUGCCAUGAGUCGAUUGGAUAUCUGUGGCGAAGCCACCGUUGCAGUCUUGCAAGAGCCCGAAAAGUUCCGCAAUCGUCCCGCUUACUUUGCCCACCAUACCGUCUCUAAUAACGACCUCAUCUCCAUCAUCAAAGAGAUCUUCCCGCAUGAAGAAUGGAGGGUGCUCGAUGUUCCGGUCAAGGACUUUCUGGAUGAGGGUUUGAAGCUCUGGCAUGCGGACACGGAGAAGGGUGUGACCAACCGACUUGGAACCAAAGCGUACCAGAUGCUGGGAACAAUUGCCAUCUUCGACGAGGAUAACCGCUUCGGAGGAGAUUUCGGAAAAAAGGCAGAGCCGGAUCACGACGCUGGCUUGGACAGUUUGAAAGAGGAUCUUAAGCGAUUGUUGACAUCCGCUUAA